GGUCCAAUCAUGGCGCCCCCCCCUCACGACGGCAUGAGAAAGAAACUUUGAUAGAUCCUCCAUGGCCUUGGUGAAUUUGCCGGAUGGAGUGAAGGUCAGGCCGAGGCGCAGCAUGGCGCAUACACCAGCAGGACAACAGAUAGAGAUACUUCAAGAGAUCCUCGAUUCUGUUCUGGAAUCACCUGAUGCUCAGGUUCCUGUCAACCUUGAACUAGAACAACAAAGGACUGAUGGAAAUAUGUUGCCUGUUGAAAAUGUUGACAUGGGACAUGAUAUUGGAAUAGUUGGCUUUGGGCAUGUAAAGGCACAACUAGUUGCAGGCCCUGAGCAUCAGCUGAUUAAAGUUCGGGUCACUUCCAAAAAAUUGCGCCUUUUCUUUGCAAAAACAUUUGUCGCAUAUCAGGGGGAAUUAGUCCAUAGCUGUGUCUUCAUGAUGGCAGAUUCCAGCAUGAUCUUUUUCUUCUAUCCUGCCAUGCUCGCUUCAUCCUGGGAAAGUGCUGAGGUUUGGCGCUCUCACAUGGGCAGUGUUCAAAGUCUCAUGCAAGUUAUAACCUCAUUUUGGAGGAGGCUAGCCAACCUGCAUGGAAAGGGAAUCAGCCCUGGCCCUGUAGAAUUGGCUGAUAUUGUGAUCAAUAAAAGUGGAGAAAAUAGUGUGAGGUUCAUCAAUAUGAAAAAACUUACCAACUUCUCAGCAAGCAAAGCAAGUCAAGAUAUUGAAGAUUGUGCCAAGGUCAUGCUUCAGCUGCUGUUGCCAUGUCACUUCACUACUUGGCCCCUAACACGUUCAGACUGGAAGAAAUGUAAAGAAAACUUGCCGCCACAACUUGUGGACACUCUGUGUCUUGCUGCUAAUGGGGAGAAGUCUGCUGAACACAUUUGGAUGUUAUGUGGACAGGCUGAGAAACGUUUGAGUGAACAUGGAGUGCAGUGUACAGAUGCAAACCCAACUGCUGUUGCUGAUGACAGAUGUUUGGCUCAACCUGUCUUAGUUUCUGACAAUGAAGAAUACCCAGCUAUAGAUACAAGUACCAUUGCUGUUGCUGAUGACAGAUGUUUGACUCCACCUGUAUUGGUUUCUGGCAAUCAAGAAACACCUGCCAAAGCAGAAAGUCAUAGUAUGACAAAGCAGAACAUAGGAGCUGACAGCAGCAUGAGUUAUGAUCUCAAUGACCAAGUGGACAGGGUGGACAGGGAGGCUAUUAGCCUGAACCCUCAGCAGUCUGCCACAGACAGCUUGCAUGAUUGCUUCGAAUCCACUGAUUGGGCAGCCCUUAAAUCGGACAACAGCAUCCAUGACUUCACUCUAGUGGUAACUGAAUACAUCAAGUUUUGUGAAGAGAUCUGCAUUCCUUCUAGGACUAUUAAGCAAUACCCGAACACUAAACUGUGGGUUGACAAGAACAUAAAGAAUCUUAUAAAAGCUAAAGACCAAGCGUACCGUGAGAAAGAAACAGAUGUUGCAGCAUAUCAUAAAACAAAAUUGGACCUAAAAACUGCCAUCAAAAAAGCAAAGAAAAAGAUGAAUUCAAAAAUCGAACAGAAAUUCCAGUCCAAUAGUGCAAAGGAUCUCUGGGACAAUAUCGCUCUUGUCACACAGUAUAAAGGGUCCAGACGUGCCGUUGAUACAGAGGACUCCACACUCCCUAAGAAGUUGAAUGAGUUUUAUUCUCGUUUUGAUAGGACCAACCACACUCAGGUCCACACACCAACCCAAGGGGAGCGCGUGCCGCCAUUUACUAUUCAAUCAUGGCAAGUCAAGUGUUAUUUCUCGGCUUUAAACACCAGGAAAGCUCCAGGCCCUGACAGUAUAACAUCACGACUUUUAAAGGAAUGCGCAGCCCAGCUUUCAGAUGUGUUCGCAGAUAUUCAACUGGUCAAUUGA